AUGUCCCAUCUCCCCAAACUCAUACCUUUCAAACACCCCAUUCCCUCCAUCACCAAACCUUUCUCUUUAAACCCGGUUCACCUCUCCAUAAAAAAACCCGGUUCACUCCUCUCAUUCUCCUCACACUCCAACCCCCUCCACGCGCUUCCCCACACCACCGCAACAACCUCCAACAACCUCACCGGAAUCCUAUCCCUCUGCGCCGCCACCAAAAACCUCCGUUUAGGAAAAACAAUCCACGCCUCAAUCCUCGUCAAUGGAUUCAACAAAACAUCUCUCAAUUCCCUCAUCAACAUGUACUCCAAAUGCAACCGAAUCGAAACCGCGAGGUUUUUGUUCGAUUCUUCUGAUCAUAAUUCACUGGAUGAUGUUUCUUGGAAUUCAAUUAUUAAUGGUUAUGUUAGGUUAGGUAGUAUGAGUAGUUGCAGUGAGGCUUUUAAGCUUUUGAUUAGAAUGCAUCGGUUUGGAUUUGGUUUUAGUGAUUAUACUUUGAGUAGUGUGCUUACUGCUUGUUGUUGUGUUAAUGAUAGUUUCUUUGGGAAAUUGAUUCAUGGAUUUGGAAUUAAGCUUGGUUUGGAUUUGAAUGUGGUGGUUGGAACUGGGUUAGUUGUUAUGUAUGCGAAAACCGGAUGUUUAGUGGAUGCUGUUAGGGUUUUUGAGAGGUUUGAUUGGAAGAAUGAUUUUAUGUAUAAUGUUAUGAUUGCUGGGUUUUUGAAUGAGAAGAGUGGUGUGUGUUAUGGAAAUGCACGGGGAGCGCUUGGUGUUUUUGGUGAGAUGAGGAGGGAGGGUUUGAAGUGUUCGAAGUUUACGUUCUCGAGUAUUGUGAAGGCGUGUGUUGGUGUUGGAGAUUUUGAGGUUGGGAGACAAAUUCAUGGUCAGGUUUUUAAGAGUGGUUUACAUGGGGAUGAGUUUGUUUGCAGUUCGUUGGUGGAGUUUUACUCGUUUUUUGGUUCAAUUGGAGAUGGAUUGAGGUGUUUUGAGAUGACGUAUAAAUUGGAUCUUGUGUUGUGGACGACAAUGAUUGCAGGGUGUGUUCGGAAUGGACAGUUUGAAAAUGCCUUGUCUUUGUUCUAUCGAUUUUUGGCUAAUGGGAAGAAACUUGAUGAGUUUAUCGUAUCGUGUGUGAUGGGUGCUUGUGCAGAUAUGGCUGCUGCAAGGACUGGAGAGCAGAUCCAGGGUUAUGCAUUGAAAUUUGGUGUUGCGAAUUUUACUAUUGUUAAAAACUCGCAGAUUUGCAUGUAUGCAAAGUCUGGGGACAUAGAUUCGGCUCGGAUCACUUUUCAAGAGACAGAGAAUCCUGAUGUAGUGUCCUGGUCUGUGAUGAUUUGCAGCUAUGCACAACAUGGUUUUGCGUACGAAGCUCUUAGACUUUUUGAGUCGAUGACUAUCUCUGGGAUUGAGCCUAACCCGAUCACAUUACUUGGCGUCCUUACUGCUUGUAGCCAUGGAGGUUUCGUUGCCGAAGGAUUAAGAUACUACGAAACUAUGAAGAAGGAUUAUGGCAUUGCUGCUAAUGUAAAGCACGGUGCUUGCAUUGUUGACCUCUUAGGCCGUGCCGGAAGGCUAGAGGAAGCUCAGAGAUUUAUUAUUGAUUCCAGUUUUGAGGAUGACCCGGUAAUGUGGCGUGCCUUGCUCGGUGCUUGCAAGGUCCAUAAGGACACUGACAUGGGAAAGCGUAUUGCUGACAGAGUAAUAGAGCUCGAACCUUGUGAAGCUGCAUCUUAUGUGCUUCUUUACAACAUUUACAAUGAUGUGGGGAAAAAGAAACAUGCUCUAGAGGUUCGGAAGCUCAUGCAAGAUCGAGGAGUUAAAAAGGAACCUGGUAUAAGUUGGAUUGAGGUAGGAAAUACAAUUCAUACGUUUUUGGUGGAUGAUCGUUCUCAUCCAAUGAGUGAACUGAUUUUUUCAAGGUUGGGAGAAAUAUUGGCGAAGAUAAAGAAAAUUAUCUUCAAUGAUGAGAAGCUUCAUUUGGGCAUCUCUGAAACAGAUCACAGUGGUGCCACCGAAAUGAAUCACCAUAGUGAAAAGUUAGCCGUAACUUUUGGAAUUAUAUCUUUACCAAAAUCAGCACCAGUGAAGGUGAUGAAGAACUUGAGGGUUUGCUCUGAUUGCCAUACAACAAUGAAACACAUCUCCAAUGUGGAGAAGAGAGAAAUAAUUCUUCGAGAUUCUAUUCGUUUCCAUCAUUUCAAAGACGGUUUAUGUUCUUGUAAAGAUUACUGGUAA